AUGUUUGGCUACAGUGAAAAGGUGCUGUUCGCCUUGAACCAGACGCUGCUGCAGCACGAGGGUGUUCGAGCGGGCAGCCUCCAAGGUUCCUACACCACAGAGGACCUCAUUACACACUACAACUGUGGUGACCUCAGCGCUAUCAUCUUAAACCAUGACACCUCACAGCUGCCUCACUUCAUCAACAGCUCUUUGCCAGCUCAUGACCGCAUGACGGCUCAGCAGAUUGACAGCUACUUCCGCCAGGAGCUGAUCUACAAACGCAACGAGCGAAUGGCACGACGAGUUUCUGCCCUGCUGCAGAGAAAUCCCAACCAGACUUACUUUUUUGCUUUCGGUGCAGGUAAGACUCCUAGGCACUCACGGAACUCACACAAUGACCUUUGACCUGCUGGUUACGAGAUUCUUCUCUAUUCUACAUGUUGAGAGCAACUCCAGGGAGUAUGCAUUUGCAUGUAACUGAAAAAUGGAAUAGAUCAGGUUUACUUUGGUCUGGAACAGAGAAUCUGUCAGUUUUAAAGCGUGCUUACAGUGAACAAAUUUGCUCUGUUUUCUGCUUGAAAGCAAAACUGGAGAAAAAAAAAGCAGGACAAUAAUAGUGUACAAUAGUUCCCAGAUCUCUGGCAUUCAAAAACUGUGAAUCUGUCCAAGUGUACACACACGUGCACACACAUACACAGAAGUCUCAAU